GGACCCUCACACUUGGUUACAACCAGAGGAGUUCUAUCCUGAGAGGUUCUUAACUAGCCAUAGUGAGGUCGAUGUUCAUGGCCAGCAUUUCGAGCUGCUGCCAUUUGGUUCAGGGAGAAGGUCGUGUCCUGGAAGCUUGUUUGCUCUUCAACUCAUGCAUCUUACGCUCGCGACCUUGUUGCAUAGCUUUGAUUGGGCCACUCCUUCGGGUAAGGCUGUGGACAUGGCUGAGGGCUUGGGGAUUACACUCCCUAGAGCCAUUCCUUUAGAACUCAUAGCAAAUCCUCGUCUACCUUUCGUGUUGUACGAAUGA